AUUUCAAAUGUUUUGGAUUUUAAGUCAAAAAUUUGUUAUUAAAUUAUUUUUGAUGUCAUUUAAGACAAGACAUGAAUCAAAUUAAUGAUAAUAUAAGACAAUCAAGACUUGGAAGACAUAAGAAACAAGACAUGAGUGUCACAAUUGAUGUGAACGACGUGUUUGAAGAAGUGGUUAAACAAAAUGAAAGACUUGUCAAAGAAAUUGAAUUUUAUGAAGAAGUGGUCAACGAUUUGAUAAGAAAUGUGAAGAUAUGUAUUGUUUGUCAACAAAAUGAUGUCAUAAAUGACAGAAUCAGUGAAUUGGAGACACACUUGAAGAGUAAGACAAUCGAUAAUUCAAUUAAAGUUAAGAAUGAAUACAAUGAUUGCGAUAACAAAUUGAAAACAAAGACAUUGAAGAAAAGAUGUGUUGCAGAUGUGACUGAUAUUAAUAGCAAUGAACCGACUGAUGAAACCUUGAAUUAUGCGAAACCAAUACAUGACCUAAAAGGUGACAAUAAAACCAUCAAAACUAAAGUUAAGACACGAAUUGUACGAAAACCGAGAACUAAAUUAAAACGUCGAGUAGAAGACAGCAGUGAAAGUGAUUAUGAAUCAGAUGAAGAACUGUUGCCGGAACUGAUAAGCGAUGACAAACCAUAUAGUCUUGAAUAUGAAAUACAAAGAGAUUUACUCAAAGAUAAGACCCGUAUUAUAGGUAUCGGUUGUGGAUAUCAAUGCCAGUCCUGUGUCUAUCAAAACACUGAAUUUCGUGCUUUGGAAGCACACGUCAAUCGACAACAUCUGAAGAUUAAGCCAUUCAAAUGUCGAGUUUGUUGUAUUGGUUUUUACUGUUUGAGUGAUUGUCUAAAACAUUUGAGAAAAAAACAUAAUAUUGUGAGCGAUGCUAUUAAGAUGAGUAACACUUAUAACAAGUAUGAAGUAAUUGAUGAAACAAUAACUGAAGACAAACCAUAUAGUGAUGAAUAUGCAGAUCAAUUGAGAGCACUAAAAGAAGUGAUGGCAGCUAUCAAUGCAAAAAUUGUGAAUAUCUUAGUCAGGAUUUUAAUAGUCUUGAAUCGCACGUCAAUCGACAUCAUCUGAAGAUUACGCCAUACAAGUGUCAUCUCUGCCCGAAUCGCUAUAACGGCAGACAUAUACUGAG